UUCAACCUUUAACUGGCAAUUCAGAUAGAUUGGUCUCUUUGGGCUGUUUUCUUGAGAGUAAUUAUGAUUCUAUGGGUCUCAAAAAUUUUGUUGGUGUUCAUCAUGUUCAUGAUGAACCUG